UUUUCCCCCCCUAAAAUUUAACUACAAGUUAAAAUAUGCAAAUAAUCCAACAUUAGCUUUAGGCUUAGGGUUUCUCUUAUAAAUUUUAGGGUUUCUUCGGCACGCCUCUUUCUCCCUUUCGGAUAAUUCGUUUCCUCUAUUGCUCUUGCGGUUUCUAAUUCUAAAGAAUUAGUUUAUACACUUGUCAAGAUGCAGAACGAAGAGGGUAAAAUCACAGAGCUUUAUAUUCCCAGAAAAUGCUCCGCAACGAACCGGCUGAUUACUUCCAAGGACCAUGCUUCUGUUCAGAUCAACAUUGGGCAUUUGGAUGAGAAUGGCAUCUACACAGGCCAAUUUUCCACUUUUGCUCUCUGUGGUUUCAUUCGGGCCCAGGGAGAUGCUGACAGUGCACUGGAUCGGCUCUGGCAGAAGAAGAAAGUCGAAGUGCGUCAACAAUAGAUGAUUGUGCUGUUCUGUUUCAUCUCUAUAUCAAAGUUUUCAAGUAUAGAGAUACACUUUUAAAAUUUUUGAACCACUCAUAGUUAAGUAGUUUCCAUUGACGAUUUAAACUCAUUAGUUUCUUUACUCAACUUCAUCUGAGUCGGUACAAGCUUUGAUGGGUCAAAAGAGGGCCAAAACUCGGUUGAAUGAAAAAUGUUGAAUUUCAUUUUCCAUUAAAAAUAUUUUUAUCAGAGAUUCUAUAUGGCCAUGUGAUGUUGAUUUGAUAAGGAUGCUUUUGGGUUUUUGAUA